AUGGCGGAGGCAACAGCGAAGGAAGUCAUGGAACAUCUACAUGAAUUGCUGUUCAAACUGGCAAUUACUCGGAACUUUUCAAAUGCGGAUACGGACUUUGCUCUGCCUCCUUUUCUAGUUGUGAUCGUUGUUGGUCAGGUACAAUUUUUACUGUGGUUUCUCGCGCUUGGUCCAACCAGUGAGAUCGCUAUGGAUUACAGCCUCGGCCAAGCAAAGGCCGGAUUUCACGAGAUGGAGGAGCAAACUGUGGACUACUUGCGUAGCUUCCAUAGUUACACACUAAGUCGGGGGUGCAAGAACUCUGGGCCUUCUGCCAAACAAAGCAACACAACGGCGGAGCUUCAUGCAAUGGAAUUUGACUUGGUAGACUGA